GCCGAGGUGUUCGCAAGUGAUGAGGCGUGGGCCGCUGGCCGUGCUGAGCCACAGACCCUGCUAUACUGCGCGACGUGCUGGGGCCACACGACCGACAUAAAUGGGCGAGGCCUGAUUGCGCCCUGCCCUUCGCGCAAGCUUGCCAGUGCAGCGGCGAACAAAAGCGCCAUCUCGUCGGUUUGCCGUCAUCCCAAGAAGGCCCGAGGCCUGCUUGGAGAGCUCCCGUCGCCACUCGCGUCGGAGCGCUAUUGGUCUCGAUACUUUUUCGAGGGGUCCGAGGAUGGCCUUGCGAUGCUCGAGAACCCCCCGGCUGUCAUCGACUCGACGGGCCCCGGGCGGCCUCAGCUGCACAUGGUGCUCGCUUCUUUCCGCCUCGAUGAAAUCCGAGCUGGAGAGCUUGGUCAGAGGGCCGUCGAGCGAAUAGCCGAGAAGACUCGGGCCGAAGAGCCUUGGGAAGAGGACUAG